AUGGCACCCAAAGAUAAAUAUUCCGAUCCGAAGCUUCGCGAUGAAGUCAAAGAGGAAAUUCAUCAAGGUGACAAGGGCGGUAAGCCUGGUCAAUGGUCUGCGCGCAAGGCACAAAUGAUGGCGGCUGAAUAUAAGAAACGCGGCGGUGGCUAUAACACCAAUAAGGAAGAAGGCCAAGACGAGUCCCAGAAACAUCUCGACCAAUGGACCAAAGAAGAUUGGCAGACCAAAGAGGGUUCCGGAUCUGCGCGCCAAGAUGAUGGAUCUGAGAAACGAUAUCUGCCUAAGAAGGCGUGGGAGCAGAUGAGUGACGGCGAGAAAGAGAAGACCGAUGAGAAAAAGGUCAAAGAGUCACAGAAAGGGAAGCAGUACGUUGGUAAUACUUCUAAAGCCAAAGAGGCACGGAAGGAUGCCAGUCAGGAGAAUGGGGAAAGAGACACGCGCAACAAUCGCAAUACGCGUAGCAAGACGGACUCAAAGGAGCAAGGUGCGAAGAGGCGUGCUCUCGAGUCCGGUGACUUAGCUGAUCGAGGAACAGAUGGCGACGACAACGACAAGGAAAAGGGUGAACAGGUGGCGGGGACUAAACGUGGUUCGAAACAGUCCAAUGGGUCUGUGAAGAAGCGGAAAGAUAACAAGAGCGCCAAGAAUGCCAAAAAUGACAAGGAUGACAAGGAGAACAAAGACGAAGACGACCAGGAUGACGAGGACGACAAGGAUGGCAAGGAUGAUAAGGAUGACGGUCAGGAUGACCAAGAGCCCGACGAAGAACUCCCAGAGGAUGAUGAGGAGUAUGAUGAAGGUAAAGAGGCCGCGGAGGAAGAUGGCGAUGAUGACGAGGAGAAUGAUGAGAAAUAG